UCACUGAAGGGAUGCGAACAUUCAUCUCCAGUCUAUUUCUAGCUUGCGAACGUUUCAAGAUCGAUCAACACAAGCUGCACGGACCAUCCCUAAGUACAAUGCCACACGCGGAGCAUCGCUUGGUGCAACUCUCUCAUGAAACUCUCAUACAAUAGGCAGCUUGAUUUUCAUACUCUUUGCACCAGUCCAACAACGUGGUACCUACCGAAUUCGAGCUCCCAAGAUUCGCGUUUCAGGGCACAUCUGGCAGGAACAUCGCCCACCUCACAAACGGUAGAUCCGUUGAACAAGCGUUCGUGUGUUGAUGCUCUCACUUGUGAUCCUGCCGAGAUGAGAAUGACGCUGCUCCUCCUCACGCACAUGGUCCACCAGCACUCCUCGUCUCCGUGCAGUGAAGACCACGCGACUUUGGAACGUACCAACUGACUUUGACUUCUCACCACGCUACAUAGCCAUGGCCCAUGGCCACCUCAUCGUCUCGUUCCGAAGGGUUAUCCACGUGUCUUAAUUCGUAAUAGCGUUUGGGAACGUUGGGUAGCGCCACACGCUACGAAGGGUGAAGCCGCUCAGGAUGAUCUGCACGUUUCAACUCAAAAGGCAAAAGCAGCAUGUCCAAAGUCAGCUACAAUGCUCUGGCA